GCGUAACCCCCAUCGCCGGAAGGCUUCUGUGCGAAGCUUCGAAUGUUCAUUUCCGGCAGUACAACUACAAUCUUUUCCCUCUAUCUCAAUCUUCCUUGUGAUCGGCGUUCUACGCCGGUUACAAAUUCCGAUCGUGGAGAUAAUAUUAAUAACAAGGUAGGUCGAAUAAAACGAACCAUUUUUGGCUCGCAUUACGAGCUUGGGUUCCCGGAAUCGAUAAGCUCGAAAUUCCCUGAUGAAGUUCCGGUGGGUUCAUGUGUGGGUCUCCGUUCUGGUGUGCAUAAUCUUUUCAAGCUCGGCGAACGACUUUUUCAGCUCCACUGAUCUGAAAUCAGAUGGGGUCAACGUCAAUCGAGCUGCACCUGCACGUCGCUCGUUGCUUUCUGAUCCAAACAGGGAAUCUGAAACUGCCCUAAUUGCUGCCCUGGAUGGAACAAUUUACCUAUUCGAUGUUACCAGUAAAAAACCAAUCUGGUCAUUUACAUCUGGUCCGCCAAUUUACUCUGCACACCAGUCUCCUAUUCACAAGGAAAGUACAUCCGAGAUAGGAAGUGGUUACUUCAUCGAUACUGGAGCUGGGGAUGACUGGGAACUUUAUGCACACAAUGGACUGGGGAAACUGAAACUCAAAAAGAGUAUCGAAGCUUAUGUUAGUUCAACGCCUCAAAUAGCAGAAGAUGGAGGAGUUGUUUUAGGGUCUAAAAGAAGUACUGUGUUCCAAGUUGAUGCAAAUACUGGAAGGCUAAUUUCUACAUAUACAAUGCCGGGUUCUCCAGAAGGCACUGUUAAUGAAGAGUCUAAUAUUCACUAUAAAAGCACCGAUUGGAAGCAGGGGCUGCCUGGAUCUGUGGAUGUAAAACACGAUGAAUCACCACUCUACAUUACAAGAACAGAUUAUGCAUUGGUGUCUUUUGUUCCAAACUCAAAUGAGGUUCUGUGGAACGUGACAGUUGCUGAAAUUGGGGCAGCUUUUCUUUGCCAAGGUAUAGAUGAUCCAUCUGCUGGGGUUAAUUUGGAUUCAAGAUCUGUUGAUGAAUCUGGUACUCAAUUCAAUAUGCCAUUGCCGUGUAACUCAUGGGCUCAAGUGCAUCGCUUUCGCGGUCCAAAUUUACUAGAACGAUUGUCUAGUCCCAAUUGGUUGCCCGAGGCUCAUAAUCCUGACAAGACACCAUCAAAACUUAUUCUACCUUCACAACCCAAUGUUGACAAAAUUAGUAAGCUUCUUCUAUCUUCACCUUACACUGGUUUAUAUCCAGACAAUCAUGGUGAAAAUGGACAAAGAAUGAAAGGCACUAGGAAGCUUAUCAAUGAUAGACUAAGUGUGCUUUCUGAAAGAUUUAGCAUGUUUACUCUACUCAUUUUCACUUUUAUGCUUGUGGGAACCAUUUCUCGCAAUUAUCUAGUUCGACGUCCCAUUAGUUUAUUGGAGGAAAAUGUAACUCCCAAAAAAAAGAAAUCAAGAAAGUCUGCAAAGAGUGGAGGCAGUGUAGUGAAAAAGGAUGAAGGUGUUGCAAAAAAGGCAGAUAUUGAGAGUGGUAACAGCCUGUUGUCAAACCUGAACCAUCAAACUUCACACAAUGUAGAUGGACGGACAAUUGGUAAAUUAUUUGUGUCAAGUAAGGAGAUUGCUAAGGGAAGCAAUGGGACAGUUGUUUUUGAAGGAAUCUAUCAAGGCCGUUCAGUUGCCGUGAAGCGGCUAGUCAGGGCCCACCAUGAUAUUGCUUUUAAAGAGAUUCAGAAUCUUAUUGCAUCAGAUCAACAUCCAAAUAUUGUCAGGUGGUAUGGAGUUGAGCAAGACCAAGAUUUUGUUUAUCUGGCAUUAGAGCGCUGCAUUUGCAACUUAAAUGAUCUUAUCCAGAUCUGCUCUGUCUCUUUUGAAAAUAAUGAUAUUAACAAGGGUGUGGAUGCUGAAUCUUUGCGCUAUAGGAUCCAUUUGGAUUCUCUGAAACAUGAUGUUCAGGGUAUUUAUUUGUGGAAAGAAAACGGCUAUCCUUCAGAUACAUUACUCAAGUUGUUGAGGGAUGUGGUCUCUGGGCUCGUCCAUCUACACGAGUUAGGAAUUAUUCAUCGAGAUCUGAAGCCCCAAAAUGUAUUAAUAACCAAGGAAAGAGUAUUGUGUGCUAAAGUUUCUGAUAUGGGUAUAAGCAAGUGCCUUACUGGGGAUAUGUCUUCUCUAGGCCAUCAUGCAACAGGUCAUGGAAGCCCAGGAUGGCAAGCUCCAGAACAGCUUCUUCAAGGGCGUCAAACACGUGCAUUAGAUUUAUUUAGUCUGGGAUGUGUUCUAUUUCAUUCAAUUAGUGGUGGUAGCCAUCCCUUCGGUAGCCCUAUGGAACGUGACAUCAAUAUUACAAAGAAUAAAAUUGACCUUUUCUUGGUGAACCAUAUACCCGAAGCUAUGGAACUCUUCUCUCGUUUAUUAGAUCCUAAUGCUGAAAUGAGGCCAAAGGCAGUAGAGGUUCUUCUUCAUCCUUUCUUUUGGACCUCAGAGAUGCGAUUGGCAUUUCUUCGUGAUGCUAGCGAUAGGUUAGAACUAGAAGACAGAGAGACCGGUUCUGUUAUAUUAAAAGCACUGGAAGGGACAUCACGGGUUUCCGUGUGUGGAACAUGGGACUCAAAGAUGGACCCCAUUCUCCUCAAAGAUAUAGGCCGCUUCCGGCGGUACAAGUUUGACAGUGUCCGCGACUUGCUCAGGGUCAUACGUAACAAGUCAAAUCAUUACAGAGAGCUUCCUACAGAUAUUCAGGAACUUUUGGGGCCAUUGCCAGAAGGAUUUAAUGCCUAUUUCACUAGCCGCUUUCCUCAACUGCUUAUUCAGGUUUACAAAGUUGUGUCCACGCACUGUAGGGAAGAAGAACUCUUCCAGAAAUACUUCACAAACUCAGCAUUGUAAUGUCUUCUGACUAUAUAUAUAUAUACUCUUUACGCUGCACAUUACUUGUUUAAUGCCUGUAACAUUUCCUGUACAUAAUGACUGUACAUGAGGGCGUGUGUAUGCAGAACAUGCCCCUAGUUGGAAGUAAAGAGAUUGUUUUGAA